AUGCAUAAGUACGAUGAGAAACAGGCCAGCCUGGAGCGUAUUAAGCAGCACCUUACCGGUCGACUUUCUCUUUUAAAGAGUGAUGAAGAGGAGCGUCUGGCGUGCGCUUUGUCCGAAAAAGAGGCUGCUUACGAGGCCGAGGUGGAGAAAAAGUCGACGAAGGCGCAGAAACAAAUGGGAGAGAUCAUGGCCAACCUGAAAAUGGCCCGAGAGCGAAUCAGUAAUGAGAAGGAAACAGCCCGAAGAGAAGAUAUAGAGCUAUUAGAGAAGCGAUUGGAGGAUGACAAAAAGAUUAGUGAGUACCAGGAGCAGAAAUUAGUUCUCAAAAAAGAGGACGCCAAGAAGCUCGCAGAAACGUAUCUCGAGCAAAUGCUUUAA